CGAAAGUGGCUCCGUAGAAGCCUUGCUGACUAUCGUAAUUCUCUCUCUGAAUGAAUUAUAUUUUGUAUUUAGAAGACUUACAUACUUACAAUAAAAAGUUUCAAAGUAUAGUAUUCUUGUUGGCAUUAAUGGGUCGACUAUUGUUGAAUCGUAGCAGACAGCAGACCGAUGUAUAUGUGGCGUCCGUUCUUUUUCUUUGUGCUGUGUUCAGUUCUAGCAGUGAAUAGUUUUAAAUUUAUUUCAUUAAGCUGAGUUGCAGAACAGUUGAAAAACACAUAGAUUUUGAUAACAAUGAGUUUUUUAUAUUUCAAGGUAUAGUCUUUUUGAUAUUCAGGAAACAAUCGAAAUUAAUAAUCAAAGAUGUUUUCAAAAUUUUUGGUAAAUCGAAUAAUUCGUAAUGGAAAAGAUUGUAUAUGUUGUUUGUGCCAUCAUAUAAUGAAACAAUGUGACUUUAAUGUUGUUGAAGAACAUCUGCUUUCUGACGAACAUAAAAGAAAAUUAAAUCAGAUUGAUGAAGAACAACAAGCAAAAGAAUUAAAAAUAUUAUUAGAAUUUACAGAAUCAGAGAAUAUAAAAAUUUUUGAAAACUGGAUUACUUUUGACAUUAAUAACAUUAACUUUAUAAGAUGCCAUAUUUGUGAUUGUAAAAUUACUGGUUUAUCAAAUACUAUAAGUCAUCUUGAUGGUCAUCGUCAUAAAAUAAAUAAGAAAAAUUUAAUUAUUUCUGAUACAUCUCAGCCUAUUGAUGAGUUGUUCUAUCAAACUUUAGAAUCACAUUUAGGAGUUCUUGAUUUUAGUUUAAAAUCAAAUUAUAUCAUUUACGAUGAAAAAUAUAAGUUAUACUAUUGUACAAUCUGCAAAUGCAAAAUUAUUAAAACUUCAAAUGUUACUAAACACAUUGAAGGAUUUUUGCAUCAAUUAAUAUUAGAUGCUGAAAAUGCUGUGAAAACAAAAUCAGUUGAAAACGCUGUGAAAAUAAAAUCAGUUGGAAAUGCAUCUCUAUUUACUGAAAUAUACAACUGUAAUAUAUGUCAGGUUUCUAUAGAUAACAGUACAAGACUUAAAUGUCAUAUUGUAUUACAUUUAUAUAAAGAAUUUAAUUCAUUAAGAAACUUUGAUUUAAUUAAAUGUGAAUUAAAAUCAAAUGAAAAAUUACACUUGGAAUGCUUGCUUUGUAAUUCUUUUCUGUGUGAAUUACACAUUAAAGAUGCUGAUCAAGUUUUAGUUGACCAUCUUGAAACAAAUUUUCAUCUUGAUCGUUUAACUAUUUUUAAUUAUGUUAACAUUAAUAAAAAGUUUUGUCUACGAGAAAAACCUAUGAAUGAGCAAUUUAAUGAUAUAAAUCCAGAAAUGUAUAAACCAAAGGAGAACAUUUCUUUAACACUAUUGUGUAAUUUAUGUUUUGUACAAAUACCUAUAGAAAAUAAAGAAAGUCAUACUUUAGAAAAAAGUCAUAUUAAAAAAGUGUCAGAAGAUGCAACAAGAAACAAAUAUACAGUAAAGAAAACUGAAUUUAUUUCAGAGAAAAAUUCAGAUUAUUAUAUUUGUUUUAUAUGUAAUAAAUCAUUUUUAGAAUGUUCAAAUUUGCUAACACAUUUUCAAAAAUUUGAACAUCAAUUAAAAAUUAUAAUUCUUAAUAUGAUAAAUAUAUCUCAAAUCAAACUGAUACAACAAAAUGAAAAAUGUGCUUUUCAGUGUUUAACAUGCAAAAUAACUAUACAUGGUUGUAAAUCUUUUUUUGAGCACAUGUUGGGAAGAAAACAUAAAAACAAACUAUUAUUACCAUCAAGUAAUUUGGAAAAUUUAAAUACUACGGUAUUAACUCAAAUAGCUAAUGAAUUACACAAAAGGAGUGCAACUUUUCAAAAUUUGCCCAAUGUUAAAACUGAAAAUGUGAAAACAAUUGAAAAUACAAAUAAAUUGAAAGCUAAUAUUGAUGAAUUGGAUCAAUUUGGUUUUACUACAGACAAUAAACAACCACUUUCUAUACUUAAAUCAGAUAUGACAGAUGAAUUAUUAGGUAGUUUGAUUUCACUCGAUUUGAAUAAAAUUAAAAAAUUUUCAUCCAAUCCCAAGUUACAGUCAGCAUGCUUACCUAAAGCUGAAGAUGAAGGAAAUUCAUAUAUUGCAAAUCUCCUAGCACAUGGUAAAAAUUUUAUAAAAUUUUGUAUUAAUCCAGGUCAAAAUAACAUAUUUAAUGUUGAUAAUGAAAAUAUUAGCUUAAUAAAAUUAGGAGUCACUUUGACAGUUCCAAACAAAUUUAAAAGAGUUUGUAUUCCAUGUGAGAAACCAUUUACAAAUGAUACACAAAUUUUGUUCGAACACUUACAAGAUCAAGAACACCUGAAAAAUAUUGGUAAUAUUCUAGCUGGUGACAAAGACACUGAAAAUUAUUCAAAACAGUAUAGUGGUUUAAGGCUUGCCAAAUUACAUAUGUGUGUAUUAUCAUGUAAAUAUAUCAAGUGCCUUGCUUGUAAUAUUAAAAUAGAAAAUAAUAAUCACAUUAUUAAACAGCAUACCAAAACAUCGAUUCAUAAAGAAAAAAGUAUACUUCGGAAAAAAGAGUCAGAGCAAUUAUUUAAUCAAUAUUUUAAAAUUUAUAAAGAUAUUUGGUACUAUGCAGAAUUUUUCUAUUGUGUAAUAUGUGAUAAGAGAUUUCAGUUGGAAAUAGGUUUUGUAAUACAUUUAAUUAAUCGUACACAUAUAAAAAAAGUCGCUCACUUCCAACAAAAAGGAACUAUUUUAAAAUUUGAUCUUUGUCAUCCAUGUACAACAUUUUGGUUUGGUGAAGAUCACUAUUAUAAUGACCACUGCAAAAGUGAUUUUCAUAAAAUUUCUGUAAACAAAAAUGACUUCAUGAUUCCAAAUUUGAAUAUUCCAGCUUCUGAAUAUCUUAAUAAUAUAGAUAAAAAUGUAGAUUUUCUGAUUAGUGAGUCCGACAAAGUAGAUCUAGUUAAAGAUGCUAAAGUAAAUUCAUUACUGGAGGCUAUUUUAGAAGCUGUGAAACCUAUAUAUUCUGAUGCUAAAGCUUAUGUUUUUGGUUCAAGAUUAUCUAAUUUAGGAUUUCCAGAUAGUGAUGUAGACAUUUUUUUGGACUGUAAUAAUGUAUAUUAUAAAAGUUCAACAAAACAGAAUCUAGAAUGUUUAAAAUCUAUGCACAAAUGUAUUGAAAAAACACCAAACAUUUGGAAAGUGGAUGAAGUUUUAAUAUCUACCAGGAUACCUAUCUUGAAGUUAAGGCAUUUACCUUCAAAUCUAAAAUGCGAUGUUUCUUUUGUUAAUGGGUUGAGCGUUGAAAAAUCAAAACUUUUAAGAAUUUAUAAUGAUGCCUUUCCUGGUUGCCGAAAAUCAAUCCUUUUUAUGAAAAAAUGGUUGACCCUCUGUCGACUGUUUGGCUCAGAUUGUAUAACAACAUUUGCUAUUUCAUGGUAUGUCAUUUUCUAUUUUCAGUUACAAGGAAUUUUGCCUUCAGUGUAUGAAUUAAUAAAAAAUAAAAGGGUAUCUAAGAUUGUGGAUGGUUGGGAAUGUGGAUUUGAAAAGAUAACUAUAGAUGUAAGUUCAAAUCUUUCUAUUAAAGAACACCUAAAAGGAUUUUUCACUUAUUUUGCCAAUUUUGACUACCAAAAAAGUGUUGUGUGCCCAUAUUUGGGCAAAAGUAUUGAUAAGCAUAUGUUUGCAUAUAUUGAUGAACUUCCUCCAGAAAUGGACAUCUACAAAAGAUAUGUACAGGAUAAUAAGGAGAAAAUUUUCCGAUUUGACUCUCCUAUGUGCAUUCAAGAUCCUAUUGAUCUUUCACAAAAUUUAACAAAAGCUGUUGACAAAAAACAUCUUAGGUGUUUUAGACAAUACUGUAUUUUGAGUGCUAAAAAAUGUUGAAUUUACAUCAAAGUGCUUUUAAUAUAGUUACUGUCGUGUGAAUUGUUACUGUAAUGUUGAGAGAUCUAAACUGAAUUAAAAAUAAUUUUAAUAUUUUUUUAUUGAAUUAUAAACAUUUAUUUACAUUGAACUGCCUUUAAUGAUUGGAAAGUAAAAAAACAUGUUUUUCUUAAUUUUUAUUUUGUAAUUUUUUUAGUUUGUCACGAUUGUAGACAAUUAACAAAGAUUGUUUCCACUCUGAAUUUCACAAUAUUUUGAUCAUUUUCCUUUAAUGAUACUAGAAAUGCAUCAUUAUGAUUAUUAUAUAAUCUCUAUAUCUCCUAUACCUUUAUUCUAAACUUAUUUGUGUUUAAUAAAUUAAACGACAUUUUAAUGAAUGUGGGCUUAUUCUUAUUAUUAUUCAAAAAUGAUUUUUGAUUGAUAUACUUAUUUUAGUAUAAUUAUUAAACACUAUUUCCCGACCAAUAUUUUGCAUUUGAAAAAUCAUUUAUCUAGAUUAAAUUAUUCAUAUUUUCUAAAAAAAUGACGAGUCGCUGAUAUAUCCAGCGUUAUCGAUUAGUUGAUGUAAAAAAAACGCGAAAUUUUGAAUUUUCCUAUACUUUGAAAUAUUUCUAUCAUAUCUAGGAGUGUAAGAUCUAUAUUUCAGCAGUAAAUCCAAUUUAUGAAUAACAUGGAUCAUUUUUUGCAAGAAUAGGAAUAUGCCGUUAAUAAAGAACAUCAGAAGUUAUAUUUGAAAUUAUCAGUACAAAUCAAUAAUUUUAUAAGCAAUUAUGAUUCUAAAAUUAAUAUUGCUUCAAAUUUGGUUGAAAGAGAGAAAAAGUGAAUAUAAUAAAAUGAAGGAAAAUAGAUUUUUAUCUUUUGUACAUGGUAAAUUAAGAGGUAUGUAGGUAACGGAAACUUAUUAAAAUAUUAAAUCCGUUAAAUUUUAAGAAUGUUCAUGGGCGUUUUUAACGAGGCAAUAAAAUAUAGACGAUGUUAAAUAUAUUACUUAUACUAACAUAACACUGGGGCCGUAAC